AUGCUCACGAAAUCUCCAGUGCGAAAAAAGAAAAAAAACAAUCGUGUUUUAUUAGCAUGUAACAGAUGCAAAAAGAAAAAGAAAAAAUGUGACGGCCGGCAACCCUGUCGAAGCUGCAAGGGAGUUGAAGCUCAGUGUAUAUACGAGACUUCACGCUCCUAUUUUCCGACCACGAGCAUAGAAAUUCAACAUAAUGUUGAUACAAAAAUAGAUGAGCUCAACAGACUUCGUGAUGAGUUGGCGAACGCAAAAGUGAAAAUCAGGUUUCAGAACGAUCGCAUUAAAAAACUUGAAGAAAGUCAAACGAAUGAUUCUGAUCGUCCAAGCAUCAACGGUAUAAACGGGCAGCCCCAAGAUAUUUCAAUGCAAUCCCAAGAGAAAAAGUCACCGUUUGCCCGCAUAACAUUUGCAACAGCUAUUAUGAAAAUUCUUUACCAUGAUCAGAACGAGCGAAAUGAAUAUAUUGGAUCAUUUGCCAUACUAUCAAUCUCUAAGGCCAUCCGAAAUUUAUUAGGGGCACCACGUAAGCCCAAACCUCCUCCGGUUUUCCUUGACGGUGAUUAUCAAUAUCCGUAUGGAAUACCAAUUAGCAUUGAAGCAGACUUUUUAAAGAACUUUUUAAAUAUCUCUCACAAUAGAUACAUGAUAAUAAGGCCAGGAGAUAUCAAGAAAGUUUUUGGGCAGAAAACUUCGGAAAGAUCACCAUGGGAAGAAUUUUAUUUAAGCAUUUCAUUAGGUAUUGGCUGCAGACUAGUUGGUCUUUUGCACGUAACUUCAUAUCUAUCUCCAGAAUUUUAUUUCAGAAAUGCUAUGAAACAUCUUUCUGAUGCUAACUUGAAUUCACUUCAAAAGAUUCAGGCUUGCGCAUUAAUUGCAAUAUUUGUGGGAAAAUGUUACAAUAAUUUCUUUUAUUUAAGUUCAUGGGAACUGAUAGGGAUGGCUAUGAGGAUGUUAAUUCAAAAUGGUUUCCACCGUAAGAAGGAAGUUACAAUAGAAGGAUGUGUAGAAUACGAGUUUAUGAAAAGAUUAUUUUGGUCUGUUUAUGAUUAUGAGAAGGCACUUUCUUUAUCAAUGGGACGUCCAACAUCCAUAAACGACGAAUUCAUUGACAUACCUCUACCAUUGAGCAUUGAGUUAGCAGAUAAUCCAACGAAACAGGAUGUAACACUUCUCUAUAAAACCCAAAAAAUGCAGCAAGAUGGGGUUGAUUUUGUUCAGCCAAUAACAAGGUUAACAUCUUUUAUUCAAACUAGCAUUAUUCGGCAAAUAGAGAGUAGGACACAUAUUCUUUUUUAUUCGGUGAACACCCUAAUUCCAAAUGCAGAUUCAUUUGAGCUCAUAAUGAAUUCCAUAGAAAAGUGGCAUGCAGAUAUUCCUCCUAGAGCCACAUUUGAGAAAACGAUGGAAGGUAAGGAAAGUUAUGACUACUUUGAAGUCCUUUAUCACAGGGCUCGCCUACUUCUUCUUCUUCCAAAAAUGAUGUUAGGUUCACAUAAACAACGAGCUAGUCUUCUCAAAUCCGCUUGUGCUUCUGCUAGUGGAAUAUGUGAUGGAUAUAUGGGCAUGCAUGAGGAUUCGGUAUUAGUUUUCAGUAUGUUUGCCUUUCAUACAGCAUUUUUAGCAGGAGUAACGAUGGUUUACUACAUUCGAUUUAACGGCUACUCACAUUUUCUAAAGUUACGCUCGUCUAUGAGGUCCUGUUCAAAUCUUCUUUGA